GCUUGGCAAACUGGUAUGUGUAUGUUGAAGUGGAAAGGCAAAAAAAAGAGAAGAGGACAAAAUUGAACGAAGUAAUCCCUAUUUUGGUGCGAGGUAUGGACGUCCCUUGAUACUCUACAAGAUGUGUAUUGAUGGAGUCAAGUUUUGCCUUGCUGGAUUUGAAGGGAUUGUACAGUACUGUAGGUCCUUCCAUUUGUGAUGUUGUGCAGAGCUCAAACUGCUUGCACAGGUGCUUGUGAAAAAAAUAUCGUCGGCAGGUGUGUUCUUUUUCGAUUGAUGAGGAGAUUGCAAGGUCUGUGUCCACAGCUGUUUAUCCGGCCUGCAGCUUGCUUCGGAAGGCUCUCAUGAUCUCAAAAAAGGAAGAGUUGGAUUCCGGCUCACAAACCACAAGCGAGUGUGCAGGUUGUUCUGAUAGAGAGGGAGGCACCCUCAACCCCCAGCUCCUUCAGUCGAACCUGCCAUUGUACAGCAGCUGCAAGUGAUCUGAGACGAGGUUCGUUGCAAUGUGACUCAAGGUGGGUUCAAACUUGCAAUCUCACUCCCAGCCGGAAGUGAUGUACAUACUAAAGAUGCCAUGUGCUGUUCUUGAUUGAUCCGCUCUUCGAUCGAUUGACCCGCUGUUCGCUCGACUCUUAAAUCAGCCGAUCGGGUGGAAAGGAGUGCUGUUUCACCCCAGUCCCUUCUUCUGGAUCCUGAUUCACGAACCGUUGGCAGGCUUACAUACCACCACUAUCCGAAUCCCGCGCUUCAGUCAUCGCCAUGUCGUCUGAUUUCCAACCGGUUCUUCGGAAGAUCGUGGAGUUUUGUCAGCAGUACACUCAGUCUCAGGGCCAUCAGAACCAGCCAGUGAACGGAAAUGCUGCCCAAAAUGGCUUGAAGCACGACCACCUGCCGAUCUUGGCCGACUUACAGACUACGAUCCAAAUUCUUGCUGACGAGAAGACCAGCGUACCGAUUCAAUUCGCUGGUCUGCUCACCGCACUCACCGUCUCUGGUCUCGAUAGAAACGAACGAGUGAUCAAGACGUUCGUACAGGAGAUCCUUUCUCGAUGGAACCUGGGCGCAGGUCUGGUGGACCGCCGACCACCGGAACACGAUCCUUCUGUCAACCCCAUCUGCGAUAUCGUUGGUACUGGUGGCGACGGGUUCAAUACGUUCAACGUUAGCACAACCGCCGCCAUUGUGGCCGCCGGUGCUGGUGUCAAAGUUUGCAAACACGGCAAUCGGGCCUCUUCCUCUGCCUCAGGUUCAGCCGACUUGCUCAUGGCUCUCGGAAUACCCCUCGACCGUCUUGACCCCUCACAAGUCGCCCAACUCAUUCAAGAUCCGGAAUUAGAUUUUGCCUUCUUGUUUUCAGCCAAAUUUUAUCCGAUCUUCGCCCGUCUAUCUCCCAUCCGCAAAUCGCUUGGCUUCCCAACUAUCUUCAAUCUUCUUGGACCUCUGCUCAAUCCUGUUCGUCCGGAUAGAUUGAUCAUUGGAGUCACCAAACCUGAACUUGGGCCGAUCUUUUGCAGAGUCCUCCAGCUUUGCGGAAGUUCUAGAUCGUGGGUUGUGUGUAGUGAGGAAGGUCUUGACGAGAUCAGCACUGCAGGAGAGACUUCCCUCUGGAAACUCGAGUCUGACGGAUCAAUUAUUCACCAACGAAUCUCACCCACCCAAACUUUCGGUCUUCCGAGUCACUCUCUCGACCUAUUAACCGGCGAGUCCGCUCAAGAAAACCUCCAGAUGCUCCAUGACCUUCUUGACGGCAACUUCAGCACUAAGAAGCACGAGGCCAUCCUGGAUUUUGUCCUCAUGAAUGCGGCAGCUCUUAUCGUCUUGUCCGGUAAGACCGACGAUUUCAAGGAAGGUGUCAAAUUAGCUAGAGACAGUUUGGUGUCUGGAAAGGCUAAGGCCACUAUCAACUCUUUUAAAGACAAGGCAAAUUCGAUCGCGCUUGAUGGCUCGCAGGCCUAGUCGAUUGAUCGUAAAUUAAUCAGACGAUUUCAAAAUUGGAUGACUUGAAUUUCUUUACUUGAAUAAGAUACCCUAAGGGAUGAUAGAAGCAUAACCAUAACCAUUCAAUCAGAUUACCCCCUUGUAAUGCUUUUAUCGCAAUCGACUAACUCGUCAGAUACUUUUGUUAAGAUGUUAUUCCUUCAAGCAACUCACAUCUUUCUGUUCUGAUGAAUAACUUGUCAUAUUAUUUGAAUCAAUUAUCAGCAACUACAUACUUAACUUUUUUUUUCUGCUGUCAUCGCGUUUAUCAGAGGCAUGCCUCUUGGCUUUCAGCACUCUCAAUCUCGCUAGUCUGCACAAAAACAACAGAAUACGUAGAUUGGAGCUAUAUGAGGAGGUCAACAAAACAUAACCCUUUUCUUGAACACAAUGCAUUCGAUCAUCUGCAGCUGAAAAAC